UGACAGCUACAUCGUGCGAGUCAAGGCGGUGGUGAUGACCAGGGAUGAUUCGAGUGGCGGCUGGUUGGCGCAGGACGGUUGUCUGAGCAGAGUGGGCGUGUGCAGGCUGCUGCCGGCCGAACUGCUGGGACGCAACACGUUCCUGAUCCACGGAGAACGACUAAAAGACAAACAGGUGAUUCUGGAGUGUGUCUUAAAGAAGGAUUUAGUUUACACAAAGGCCACACCAACGUUCCACCACUGGAAGGUGGACAACAAGAAGUGCGGUCUGACCUUCCAGAGCCCGUCUGACGCCCGAGCUUUCGACCGUGGGGUGAGGAGGGCCCUGGAGGAUCUGACGGAAGGCUCGACCACGUCCUCAUCAACGUUGCAGAACGAAGCAGAGCUCGGCGACGAUGACGUCUUCACGAACGCCACCGACAGCUCGUCCAACUCAUCCCAAAAGAGAGACCUGGCGUUGCACACGCUGGCGCCGCCGAAUAUCUGUGAGCCUCGCCGACACCACUGCAUCCUGGGACAUUUCUACGAGCAGCACCGGCCCUCUGAUCAGUACUUCCUGGAGCAGGUGGGUUGAGUCAAAGAGGCUUCAGAUCAUCAUCAUAAUACAAAUAACUUUCAAGGGACACAAGGACGACUUCCGUAUUUGAGGACAGACAGCAAGAGACCAGGUCGUAUUUUAAACAGAGUGGGCGGGGCCACCACGCUGAGGACAGGGUCCAUCGCAGACGUUCGGGCAGAAGAUGACGAAGACGGACAAAC